GGGGGUUAGUUGUGUAGUGUUACGGUGCACGGGAUGAUGCCCUUCAGGCCGGGCUGUUUGCCGGAAAGGCAAAUACCCGUUUGGUGUCACCCACACCAUCUUCCUCACUUGCUCAUUGCUCUUUCAAUCUCUUCUUCACCCGUGGGAAAUCAUGGCGGGGGUUCUUCCUCCGCACCAUAAGUACCCCAAGGCCUUCAAAGCAAAAGCAUUCUUCAACUGUUCUUACCGCCAUCACUUUCUAGAUUGUACUGCUUUUCUUAUAUACUUUUUCCCCGUUCUGUAUACUAUACGAUGCUGCUAUUUACAGCCAUCAAGUCGCCAACUUCCCCAUCCAGAUUCCCUCUUUGAGCUGAUUUUCAAACCUUGCCUCGUGAAGGAUAUUUCGUCUUGGAUGGGGGCGAAACGCGCCCUGUGGAUAUAGAUCGGCAGCGAUAGGGGAUCGGUUAAGAUAUCAAGAAUGAUGAUAAUUGCCUUGGGACGAUUCGUCGUAGGAUCGUCGACUCGACUAUCCUCACAGAAGAAGCUUUCUU